AUCUGAUUCACAACAUAGCUAUAUACUUUUUUUUCCUUUAUAUUCUUGGUAAAGCCAUGACCAAAUGACCAUACAUGUCUAGGGGAAAAAAGUACUGUGGUGCAAUAAGAUCUCUUUGGCUUCCCAAUAACAACCCUAUAAUGCAAUAAUGAUGAUAAUAACUAAACAUACCAAGUUUCCCUUAAAAUAAAACAAAUUUUAAAUCAAACAGAGCGUGCACAUCACAUUCUCAAAAAUAGAGUGGAAAUAUGCAACUACAAUAAACUAAUUUUUUUUUAUAAAAAAACAUUCAAGGGUUUCAUAUAUAUAUAUAUAUAUAUACACACAUAUUGUACUUAUAUUUCUCCAAUAUCUCACUACUCACUACUCAAGAAACCUUCACUUCCACUUCUUUCUUACAGAAACUCAUCAAAUCUAGAGAGAGAAACAACAAAAACACCCUACCAAAAUCCUUUGCAUUAAUCUUCACGCUUUCAGAGCAAAAAAAAAACAGAGCAAAAAAAACAGAGCAAAAAAAAACAGAGCAAGAAAAAAAGAGAGAAAUUACUCACAUUUGUAGUAGAAUUAUAAAAAAACAAAAAGAUGGGUUUUUUUUGUAAGGAAGAAAAAGCAAGAAAAAUGGUGGCUUUUGAGGGACCCAUAAUAGUUGGGGCAGGACCCUCAGGAUUAGCAACAUCAGCUUGCUUAAAAAAACAUGGAAUUUCAUCUUUAAUUCUUGAAAGAUCAGAUUGCAUUGCAUCUUUAUGGCAACAAAAAACAUAUGAUCGUUUAAAACUUCAUCUUCCUAAGAAAUUUUGUGAGCUUCCAUUAAUGGAGUUUCCUGAAGAUUAUCCAAAAUACCCAUCAAAGAAACAAUUCAUUUCUUACAUGGAAUCUUAUGCUACCCACUUCAAUUUAUCCCCUAAAUUCAACCAAGAAGUUGAAAGUGCAGAAUUUGAUGAAGAAAUUAUGAGUUGGAGGUUGAAAAUUAAAGGGGAUGAAGUUUUUGAGUAUGUUUCUAAGUGGGUAAUUGUUGCAACAGGGGAAAAUGCAGAACCUUUGAUACCAGAAAUUCAAGGAGUUGAGAAAUUUCAAGGGAAAUUAAUUCAUACAAGUUUAUAUAAAUCUGGGAAUGAAUUUAGAAAUCAAAGGGUUUUAGUAAUUGGGUGUGGAAAUUCUGGAAUGGAAGUUUGUUUGGACCUUUCGAGAUACAAUGCUAUGCCUUACAUGGUGGUUAGAAACUCUGUGCAUGUUUUGCCAAGGGAGAUGUUUGGCUUCUCCACAUUUGGGGUUGCUAUGACUUUGCUAAAAUGGUUCCCUUUGAGAUUAGUGGAUCAAGUUCUUCUCUUAGUGGCUAAUCUUACUUUGGGUAACACCGAUAGAUUGGGCCUUAGACGGCCCAAGGCCGGCCCAAUUGAGCUCAAGAAUGCCACCGGGAAGACCCCGGUACUUGAUUGUGGAGCACUUUCAUUAAUCAAAUCAGGGAAAAUUAAGGUAACAGAAGGUGUAAAGGAAAUUACAAAGAAUGGUGCCAAAUUCAUAGAUGGUCAAGAGAAAGAAUUUGAUUCUAUAAUCUUGGCAACUGGAUAUAAGAGCAAUGUACCAUAUUGGCUCAAGAAUUGUGAGUUUUUUAGUGAUGAUGGGAUGCCAAAAGUAGCAUUUCCAAAUGGAUGGAAAGGAGGAAAAGGAUUAUAUACGGUUGGAUUCACCAAAAAAGGUUUGUUAGGCACCGCAUCAGACGCUGUUAAAGUCGCCAAAGACAUUGCUGAUCAAUGGAGGAGGCCAAUCAAGGAUCAUAAUGAGAAUUUAUAUUCUUAGACUACUACUAAUCAGUAAAUAAAAUUUUCAAGUAGAAAAUAAUAAUAAUAAGUCAUCAUAGAAUUGAGGGCAAUUAGAACAAGUUAAAAAGUGAGAGGGUGAUUAACAAGUGCGUGUUAAAUUUGAGUUUUAAGUAUAGUUUGCAUCUUUUUUAUUUUUUUGGUUUAGUCCAUUUUAAUUGAUCGUUUUUGUAAAUUUACCAAUUUUGCGAAGCCUGGGUGUACAUCUUUGGUUUAGUGGUAGGGUUUGUUUUGCUCGCUUGACGAUGUAAUAUAUAUUUUUUUUAACAAAGAUUGCACAUUUUUCUUUAGAUCUAGCUCCUUAUUUUUAGACAUUGUCAAUUGGAAUUGCAUAAAAGUACAUGACGUCGAAACUAGCUCAUAAAAGUACUUA